UCUACGCCAUCAAACUCUUUCCAAACUCCUUCCGCCUUACAAUUUUUAAUUCUUUUAUUAUUAAGUAUUCUUAAUUAAGUUUAUUAAGAGAGAAUGCUGAGUGCUCGCUCUCGUUACAGGACCUGUACCGCCAUGUUUGUGUGUAAGGUGAUCGUGAGUGUACUCGCUCUGCUGCUGUGGUCUGUCAGAGCUCACGACGAGCUGUCGAGGACCCGUUAGCUGAGCGUUCUGUGGGAGAGCUGAUCGAGAGAGCGAACACCAACAUCUAUGCUACUCCUAUGUUGGACGUCUUGGGAAGCCCGAAGCGGCUGCGUCUACCACAAGACCAUCCGGCACGAGCUUCUUCACGCCCUGGGCUUCAACCACGAACAAACCCGCAGUGACCGUGACAGCUACAUCCGUGUCGGCUGGGAGAACAUUCAGAGCGGCAUGGAGCACAACUUCAACAAGAUCGCCACCCUGAACCAGGGAACUCCUUACGACUACAACUCUGUCAUGCAGUACCACAGAACUGCUUUCUCUAAGAACGGCCUGCCCACCAUGAUCCCCAUCCCGAACGCCAACGUGUCCUUCGGCCAGGCCACCCAGAUGAGCCAAAACGACAUUGCCAGACUCAACAGACUCAAUUUCCGGUCCAUUUCCUGGUGGUCCCUCUCAAAGAAUAUAACAGAGCGAGGUCUUUCAAUUAAUAAUAAUAAUAAUAAUAAUAAAAUCCAUGACUUCACUCAAACUGGACUCAUUUCUUUUUUCCUAUGAGUCACUUCUCAGAAGCAGACGUCACG